GUUUCAAUGUCGUGGUUUUAUGGUAAUGGGCGAGGAGGUCUCUCCACCAGGUGCAACAACUUAUAUAUAAGGUGAGUGGAGAGUUUUUGGAAGUAACCUUUACCAUCUUUCGUCUGAUAGGAUUUCUGAGAAGCUUCCGAAGAUAGAUUACUUCUGGAAGCCUUACCAUGUUGUAAAUUUGGUUGGCUCCAGAGAGUCCGCUGACGACGAAGAUCAGCAAAGCUGUCAUUUUCCUAGAAAAAGGACAUCCAUCGCCUGGUGCACGUCUAGUUCUACCUCGUCCACCUCGACAAAAUGUUGCUCCUUCACCUUUUACAAUUUUUUGCAGUUGAUGCUGUCCGCGUCAAACAACUUCCACCUUCGAUGGGUGUGAGUGACAUUCCACCGAUGACCGUCAACGACGUCGCUCCCGACGAAGUUUUCUCGGAAAACUAUCCGAAAGACAUCGAAGUGAAAGCCACGACUACUACUACAACAACAACUACUACUACGACGACGACGACCACUGUUGAAGAAGAAGCUCCAGAGUCCUCUAGUAAAAAUACUGCUGAAAAGAAAGGUGAUGGCGAUAAAGCAUCUUCGGAUGAGAAGGAAGACGAAGCAGCUGAGGAAAAUUAUGACUUGUUUCUCUAAUGUCUGAGAAAGGGAACAACUAGUACUAGAGGGGUAUAGUAGAUGAUGAUAGCCGGAGCGUGAACGUGAUCACCUACUUAUGAAUAAUCUUGAUCUUAAGUGAACUCUCACUGUGUACCCAUUUUUCUGAAAGCAAGUAAGUAGAAGUAGAAGUACUUAUAACCUAAUAAAAUGUUGUUCUACUAACUUGUGUCUAACUUUCAGGCGAAGACGAAUCUGCCACCAAUGCCGAAGACGCUGAGACUGAGGCUCCGCCUCCCAGCGAAGAGGAGAAAAAGGCGGCUCAGGCAGAAAAACAGGCACAAGAAGAAGCUGAGAAGCAGCAGAAGGCAGAAGAGGAGGCUGCUGCGCAAGAGGCUGCCAUAAAAUUAGGGCUCAAAAAUGUAGUAGUUCUAGUAAUUCUAUUCGAAAACUCAAAAUAACCGAGUUACUGAAUGAAAUAAGGGAGGUAGCUUAACGUCAAGGCUACCUUUCCUUCUCAUCAGUAUCUCGGUUAUUCUGCUCAGUUACUCGCUUAUUUCAGUUUUUCGAGUAAUUCAUUUCUACAACAAAAUGUUAUUUAUCGCCUAGUGUUUUCCACGACCACUCCACGACGUGGUGGAUUGUUGGGCUCUAAUAGAAGAAGCCCAAGCGAAGCAAAUCAAAGAGCAGGAAAAGCAAAAAGCUGCAGCAGAGGCAAAAGCUGCAGAAGUGGCAGAAGAGAUGCAAGAAGAAGCCGAUAACGCAGCUGCAGAAGCCGAGAAAGAAGAGCAAAAAAAUUAUGAAAUGGUCGGUUGCGUUUCUGAUGCUACCUAAAAAACCCUAAGCUAGCCUUGACUAGUUGUAGUAAAGAGUAAGUAGUAAAAUAGAUUUUUCAUCUUUUUACAUCAAGAUCAACGAGAAGUAGAACAAUAAAGUGCAAACAACUAGACACAUCACAGGAAUUAAAACUUAGAAGAUGAUGACGAGAAGAUCAUGAGUCUUGUACUACAGCAUCUUCAUUGUUAUUCUGUCCAACAUCGGUCUACGAAAUAGGCGACUACACCUUCAUCCCCUCUCUUUCCGCCUUGCUCUAAGAAAUAGAAGCCGCUGCAGACGCUCGCGACACAAUCAACACCGCGUUGCAAGAGGAAGCGGCACUGCUUGCCGCCAAGAAGCAGGAGUCAGACGCCGCGAACAUUGAGUUGGAUGCUUUAUGUUGAAGUGUCGAUUCCAUCGACGUAGUUUCCAGAAGUAGAAACUGACAGUGGUUGUAUAAUCUAGUAUCGGAUGAACAAGCACGCAGUCUAACUCUAAUAUAAUAAAAAUAAAAUAUGUUGUAAAUAAAACGACCUGAGGUGGUCCACUCAUUUUCUCCCUUGUUACUCAAGAACUUUCAUCUCCCCUGAAGAAGCAAAUUGCGGAUUUGGAACCGCAAGUGGAGUCAGCUAAAACUGCUGUUGGCGAAGCUGACAAGGACAAGUCCAUCAAGGCUGAGACAGUGGAAGCGGAGAAGGAUGAACAAGCCAAAGAAGAGGCAGAUAUCAAGAAGGAAGAGGCGGAACUCGCCAAGGAAGAAGAGGAACUAGCUGCUUUGAUGGAAGUAUACUUAUCUUGCAGCUGCUUUGACGGAAGUAUAGUUCUUUUCACAUGGAACAAGAAGGAUGUUGACUACCAGAUCGGUGAAAUGAUUUUGAAAAUGAAGAAAAUCCAAAAUUUUUCUCUUAAUGUUGAGAACAAGCGUGCACUUACAUCUUGUUUCCUCUCACCAACAUCGACCCACAUCUUCUCUUCACCAACAUCGAUCAUUUACAUUUUCUGUUUUUUUACCCACGACUAAACUAAAUGAAUAAUAAAGCAAAUCGCCGUUGCGAAGCAAGAGUUAGAGACCGCCAUUGCCGCACAUGCGACUGCAGUGGGACAUCAUGCGGAUUUGUCAACGCAAUUGGCAGCUUUGAAAAAAAAGCUAGAGCAAUUGCUCAAACUCAAGGCUGAGAUCGAAAACGCGAUCGCUGCUCAUGAGAAACGUAUGAAGGACCUAGCAGAAAGUGAGACUGAAGCGCAGAAAGCUCUGGAGGAGGUGAGAAGUUUGUGAAUUUUUUCUGUUUUUUUUUACUGAACAAGCCGGCGUACAAACUAUUUGUACUGAACUAACUAGGCUAGAAGAUUCUAGCUACUAUUUUUACUGUAGCUUGCUAGAUUCUAGCUACUAUUUAAAUCAAAAACAAAUCCUCCAUUUUUUUACUGGGAGAUUCAGUUUCAGCACCAGUAAAGUACUUUCUUUCUACUUAUAUUAACAGGAACAAUUCCAUUCUUCCUUCGAAAAAUUUUUUAGGCAAGUGGGAAAUAAAAUCAAUAGCAUACUUUUCAGGCAAUGGCGAAGGCCGCGAAUUCAGAGCUGCAGGCAGCACAGAAAGCUACUGCCGCGAAGAAAGCCCAACCUCCGGUUAAGGUUUAAUCAUGUAAUUCGUGCAUUCUUUACAACUACAACGUGCCAUUCAUCUUUAUUACAACUGUUGCCUUCUUGAUAGAAUAGAAUAGGUGGAUAAAAAUAAACGUACCUACCUCCUGGAAGAGUGAGGGGGAGCCUAAGAAGAAGAGAGUUGCUUGCUUGAGCUCUAAUCCGGGAAUCAAGGUCUCAACACCUGUGAUCGUCGCCUCUGCGGUCGCUGGCGUGGGAGCGGUUGGGGGCGCAGCCUAUUUCUUCAUGGGCGGCUUUGCAUAGAUUGAUACUUGACUAAGUAAGUACAUGUACUUCUUAACGGAACCGGAAGUAACUAGUAACUAGUUUUGAUUGGAAUGAGAAAGAGAAUGGGAAAAAUAUUUCGAAGAACUUCUAGAUUUGUAAAUCAAAUGCGGAUAACGCUUGAUACUGCUAGCACUCACAUACAUGGCACCUCCUAUUCAUCGAGUCUAUUUUUUUUUCGUCCUCCUGCCUGGCUACAUAGAUCAAGUAUGCAACUUGCUCCGCAUAGUAAUCGACUUCAUAGCAAUCAUGAUCUUGGAUAGGCAUGUACAAGUUUGUUGAACAGUGAAAAGAUGCUAGAAGUGGGCAUACUGCAAACACAACAUACAAACAUGCGAGACGAGGAAUCGUUGUUUUUUCCCAUAAUCAAGUAUCAACUAGAAAAUGUUGUUGAAUCUUUGUGCCGAAUUAAGGUCACUGAC